ACUGGAAAACGUACAACCACAUCCUUCUUCCUGAAGCAAACUUGGAACAGUCUAGGGCAUCGGACGCGGCCGGCCGAGAAGCUGCUCGAAUCCCCUCCAAAAUUCCGAGGUGAGAGCCAAUCCAUCGCAAAACCCGUCAAAUUUCGCAAUUCAAAUCACUAAACCCCACCCCCCGCCAUCAAUUUGCGCACCAAAUCGGCCGGCCACCUAUCCUCUCGCGAUCAGCUAGCACCCAAUCCUUACACAUCCUGCGGAUUGCCGAAUCAUUUGCUCCCGAUCCACCUAUUCCUCCUCGUCGAGUGAGGGUUAGAAUCUCGCAAAGCUUUUUUUUUUGGGAAAUAUGGGCAAGCCGCUGAUCUAUGAGAUGUUGGAGAAGCCGGGCAGUAGCAGCGUCAUAGGCAUCUGCUCUCUGAUCUGGUUCUUCAUCCAGAAGAGGAACGUUGGAUACGCAGAUGUCGGGCUGAGCUACGAAACCGCCGUGGAAGGCGGGCAGUACUGGCGGAUCAUCACCUCAGCCUUCUCGCACAUCAGCGUGGUGCAUUUGGCGUUCAACAUGAGCGCGCUGUGGAGCCUCGGCGUCGUCGAGCAGCUGGGGCAGAUCGGGCUCGGCGUCGAGUACUACCUACAUUACACUCUCGUGCUCGUGGUGCUGUCUGGAUUGCUGGUUCUUGGGUUCUACCACAUGAUGAUUCAGAGGUUCAAGGUGGAGUAUUUCAGGAGGGUGACGGCAGUCGGCUACUCGUGCGUCGUGUUUGGGUGGAUGACAAUUCUGGCUGCCAAGCAACCGUCAUCAAAGCUGAACAUUUUCGGGGUUCUUUCACUGCCGAUCAGCUUUGCGCCAUUUGAGUCGCUGAUAUUCACAUCCAUCAUGGUCCCCCAGGCUAGUUUCAUCGGCCACUUAUCGGGGAUCAUUGUCGGGUACUCAAUUGCCUGGGGUCUGAUUCAUGGGAUGAAUAACUACUGGGCGAUCACCAUGCUCGGGUGGAUUGUGCUUGUAUUUGUCUUGAGCUUGAAGCGUACAGGAUGUAUGGAAUUGAGUUUUAUCGAGAUUGAACCAGUCACAGAUCCCUCGCUGCCUUCUGUUGGUGUGGUUGCCUCCAGAAAUGGUAGAACUCCGCAGAUGGAUGUGCUGCCAGGAAGAAGAGUUGCAGACAUUGUAUAACUUGAAGAGAGGAAGCCUCAGUUGCAGAAGUGUUCGAUAAAUCUUGUUUUGCUUCUGAAAAUGUAUCAUGUCGACACAAUGCUAUACUUUCAGUUUUGAAAUUCUGGUGUCACGGAUGUCUUUGGUCAUCGCUGCUGUAAAGGAAUUCUUUAUCUGGACUUCCAGAGGCAUGUUCAUUUCAAAUAGAAAGGAAUUAUUUGUGCUAGCUACCAUGUAAAGAAAGAUUUUCCAACUGAAUUUGCUCAGUGCUGUUCUUUUCAUGUUGAUCAUAUGCUGAUACCAAGCUUCAAAUUAGAAGCCAAGAUGUUUAUGCAUGGUUUAGCUUGCAUAAAAAACUGAUAUGCUCAUUCCAUUUGUUGUGUGGAACAAAUAGUGAAGUGUUUUUUUGACAGAAGCAUUAUUUUGCUGUUCA